AUGAUGAACAAAAUUUUGGCCUUUUCCGCGCUCAUCGGAGGAUCUUUCUCUAUUCCCCUCGAGGCUGCCGUCGAAAAGAGAAGCUGCCCUAGCGUACAUGUAUUCGGUGCACGCGAAACGACGGCAUCUGCCGGAUACGGAUCAUCAAUCACCGUGGUUAACGAAGUCUUGAGUGCCUAUUCAGGCUCAACAGCUGAGGCCAUCUCAUAUCCUGCGUGCGGGGGCCAAUCUUCUUGUGGAAGCGUGAGCUAUUCUAGCUCGGCUACUCAAGGCAUUCAAGCUGUUGCGUCGGCGGUCAAUUCAUUCAACUCUGAGUGUCCAUCUACCCAACUGGUUCUGGUUGGAUACUCUCAAGGAGCCGAGAUUAUGGACGCUGCACUAUGUGGUGGCGGUGAUCCUAACCAGGGUUACACCAAUACUGCAGUCUUGUUAUCAUCCUCUGCUGUGAAUAUGGUGAAAGCUGCAAUCUUUAUGGGUGAUCCCAUGUUCAGGGCUGGCCUGUCGUAUGAAGUUGGAACUUGUGCUGCUGGUGGCUUUGACGAGCGUGCUGCGGGCUUCAGUUGCCCAUCGGCUAGUAAGAUCCAGUCUUACUGUGACGCUUCGGAUCCUUAUUGCUGUAACGGAAGUGAUGCGGCGACCCACCAAGGGUAUGGUGCAGAGUACGGCGCCCAGGCAUUGGCCUUCAUUAAAACCAAAGUUUCGGCUUAG